AUGGAGGGAGCUUUGGAGCUGGAGGCUUUUCGUCGCCGCUGGCGAGGAGAAUUGGUUCGGAGUCGGAGGAGCUCCAGGGAUGCCUGCCCGGAGCGGAAGAGGCCUCGGCUGCAGCCCGAGCCCGAAGGGGCGGCCCCGGAGCCUGUGAGUGGCUGGGGAGGCUGCGGGGGGAUCCCUUGUGGAGAACCGGACGCCGAGCCCUGUAAGCGCACGGCGAAACCCUGCAAGUGGGCCGCUGAGCUGCAUCUUGCGCCCGAGCCCGACUGCGUCCAGGAGGCCCCUGGAGGAGGAAAAGAAGACUUUCUGGGACAGCUCAUCCGGGACUUGAAUGAAAUAAAUGAAGUUCCCUUCUUUGAUGUUCAGCUGCCUUAUGAACUGGCAUUAAAAAUCUUUUGGUUCCUUAGUAGGACGGAGCUGGGAAGAUGUGCUCAGGUGAGCAAAGCCUGGAAAAUACUUGCAGAAGACCAAGUCCUUUGGUUUCAGUUAUGCCAACAGGAAGGCUUCAUGCCGGACAGUCAGAUCUCUGACUCUCCUUGCUGGAAAAUGACUCUCCUUGAAUGCCGUGAGAAGGAGAAGGCUUUAAGAACUAACUGGAAGAAUCGCAUUGGGGCUGUGAGCCAGCUGCAGUACGAACUUGGGAAAGUUCUGUGUGAUGUACAUUCUUGCGACGGAGUGGCUAUUGCUGGGUACACGUCAGGGGACGUGAAGUUGUGGGACACACGCACCUGGGACUACACGGCCCCUGUCCUAGAACCAGAGCAUGGUUUGGCUGAUCCUGGACCUCGGCCACACGCCUCUUUUGUGAGGAUAAACAACUCGCUGGCAGUGGCGGCUUACAACGACGGAGUGGUCAAAGUGUGGAGCCUGAUGAUUGGUCGAGAGCCCAUUCAUCAUUACCAGCACAAUCAAAAGAUACAAGCCAUGGCCCUUUCCCCCGAAGGGGCUGCUGUAGCAACUGCGUCCGCCUUCCACAUCAGAGUGGAAAGCGCUAAUGACAACGGGUACUGGGAGACAGUUGCAGACUUUGAAAUCCAGAAACCGGUCAACUCACUUCAGCUGGUCCCCCAAGUUACGGACUGUCCUGUAACGGUAGCCACUGCAAAGGAGGAUGUUUACCUUUUGAAGGCAGGAGAAGCCACCAAAGUUCUGCAUUCCGUCUAUGGCCAGCCUGUCACAUGUCUGGAUGUCUCCGCCAGUGAAGCGGCAUUUGGAGUCAACAGCUUCGGCUGGCUACUCAAAGAGCCCAACAAGAUCCUCCUCUACCGCCUGGAAACUGGACGUUGUGUCACACAGCUAGGCAGCUCCUUAUGUGACUUCACGUGCGUCAACCUCCAGGACAGCCCUCCUUUCAUGUUGGUGACUGGAAAUAUGGACAGGAGAGUGAGAGUGUAUGACCUCCGCAGAAGCAAUCCUGUCUGCUCAUUCUAUGGCCACCAACUGGGCAUCUCUGCUGUGCAGAUGGACGACUGGAAGGUUGUCAGCGGAGGAGAGGACGGGCUGGUCUGUGUGUGGGACCAGCGGAUGGGUACCAAGCUCUGGGAAAUGCAUGCCAGGCACCCUGUCCGCCACAUCUGGUUCAACAGCCAUAGCCUGAUCACUGCUAAUAUUCCCAGUGAAAGGACGCCCCGUGGUGCCAGCCUCAUGGACGAUGACUUGACAGCUCACCGCAGACAUCGAGGAAUCAUCUACGCCUACGAUUUUUCAGUAGACCAGCUGGCUGCAGAGAGCAUCCUUCCGAUCUGCCGCUCAUCUUACAAUGAAAGGACUGGUUACAACUACAGUAUUGGGCUGACUGUCCCCUAUGACAACAUCUAGGUAGCAGAGGGUACUACUCAAAGUUGAUCCUCCAUCAGUAGGAAAAGUCAUGCUGCAGGGCUGAGGUCUUAUUCAGAAUUUGGGGAAGAUGGGCCACAGAGGAGGUGCUGAAUACCCCUGAAAUAUAUCCCAAGUAAGAAAGAGGCCAAAAGAGGAGAAUCAACAGGCACCGGCCAGGUGACUGAGAAGGUGAGGCAUACAGAGCCUUGGGCCAGCACAGUGGAGUCCGCAGAGGGGCUGGCCCCAAGCAGGAAAGAGGAGCAGUCCUAAACUGGACGGGCGGGGAGGCUGGCCUUGUUUCACGGAGACGCUGUGAAUCGAUUAUUUAGUGGAGAGAAGGGGGUUGAAGCCCCAAGCCAGGGAUGAGAGGAACACAAAGGAAGGAAUCGUGCAAAGGCAAAAAGGAGCUAAGAGCACAGGAAAGCAAAUUUUCACAAAGACCUUCAAGAGUGAAUCUGGCUACAGUUCUCAUCAAGGCACACAAGGACAAAUCUGUGAAAAGCAGCCUUUUUUCUAGACAGGUUUAAGUGAGAACAUCCUUGUGUAAGAAAGCAUCCUUCAUUAAAGCGUCAGUUGCACUUCAGGAAUCUCAAAGCCGCACCCUUCUUUAAACUGGACAUUUCACAUCAGAAGUCUCUGGGAGGCUGGAGGCUCGCUGUUACUUUAGCUGGCUGCAGUCUUACAGUGCUGGCCUAAUACUUAGAAACCCAAACUAAGGAAGCCACUUUACUGCCUGUUGGUGCGGGGUGAGAUUUUUUUUUAAGUUCUGGUACUUCAGAUGUCCAAUACUAGUAGUGAUUGAAGCAAGUUGAGCUGGCCUCUACAGGCGCCGAAGCACACCCAGAGCUAAACUACAAGAGACAAAUUACACAAGGAUGCUCCCGUGAAGGGAGUCGCAAUGUUAGCUGGGAAGCUGAGUUUUAAAAGAGAUUGGAAGGCUCUCUCCAUUUCCCCUCUCUACAAAGCCUGCAAAGAUCACUCCUCAGGAGUGUUUAUUUCCUCUUAGCCUCCUAGAAGGGUGGGUGAAACUGACAGAGCCUUCAGAGGCAAAGAGGAAAUUAGCAAACCCUCUGAAGAGCCAUCUUCGCUAGCUCUGUAGAGAGGGGAAAUUGACAAAUCCGAUCUCUUUUAAAACUCAGCUUCCCGGCUAACAUUGCAACUCCCUUCACAUGCGCAUCCUCGGGUGAUUCGUCUCUCGUAGCUUAGCUUUCAGACAUGUAAUUCAAUUGCAGAACUUGUGUGUGGAGGUAAUUGGCCCUCUGCCUACCAUGCAUAUUUUCUGCAAUAACCUCCCCCCCUUGCUUUAAGUCCUAGGAUGAAAGGAAAGACACCUGUGUUAUUCUUACCUUCCCACCCACCCCUUCCUGCUUUCCUCCUGUCCAUCCAAGCCCCUGUGGAAUUUUGCAACUUGAGCACGUCACUGCUUAAAUGGAAUGAAAUCUUGAAAAACCAGCCUGGAUGGUUGACUGAAAGAGUCUCCUGAGGUAGGCAUUUAUACCCAGCUUUCUUGUUUAUUGCUCUCCUGUCUAUUGCAUUUUUGAAAAUGCAAGCACACAAAGCAGCAAGCACAAGCAGUGCUUUUGUCUCUUUUUCUCUCCCCUCCCCACACUAUCACUGAGAAUCUGUAGUAGCAUAGGCUGGGCUUCUGCUUCCUCUUUGCUCAGCUGCAGCCGUUCCAGGUGGAAGACAGGAAGGGGGCAAGAAGUCAUUUCUUUUUCACACAGCACUGGAAAUAAGGCGACUUUCAAAAUUAACAAGCCCAUCAGCACAAAAGUCCAUGCCUUUUCCUGUAAUGGGCCGUGGCGCAUUAGUAGAACUCUUGGCCAAAGCAAUGCAUAACAAUGUAAUAGUUCAAAAACUUAAGUAGACACACUUCAGAAAGAUAACAGAGGCAAUACCAAUUCUGAGAGGGGGAAAGCAGGGAGGGAUGUGUCCUGGCCCCUUUACUUUUUAACUUAUAUCUAAACGAUAUUAUCCCGACAUUAUCAGGCCCUGAAUUUGUCCCCCCCUCUUUAGGAUUACAGAAAAUAUCAGUUAUUUUAUAUGCUGAUGAUACAGUUCUGGUCUCUCUUACCCGUGUUAGCCUAAAAAGGCUUUUACAUAAACUUGGUGACUUUUGCAAAGAAGAGGCCUUAACCAUCAAUUGCGCCAAGACAAAAGUCUUGGUUUCUAGCAAAAGACCUCGUAGGUACAAGCGGACCAUAGAUGGAACUAACAUAGAACAGUGCAGCACCUUUAAAUACCUGGGGAUUACCUUUAGUGAAACUCUGUCUUGGAGGGCGCAUUUGACAAUAACCAAAUUUACAGUUCUUAGAUCAAUCGGUGCCAUUCUGAAAUUUUACUAUACAAAAGGAGGUUUUCUAAUAGACCCAGCACUGAAAAUAUAUUUGAGCAAGGCUAUUCCUCAGCUCCUUUAUGGAGUAGAGGUCUGGGGUUGGAAAGAUUGUUUAAUUACAGCUUUGGAAUCUCUCCAAAACCAUUUCCUAAGGAGAAUUUUAGCUUUACCAAAGGGUACUCCUGCAGCUCUUAUGCGAGCAGAGCUUGGCCUGCCCUCAGUCAGAGCCCGUGUACAUCUAGCCCUGCUUAGAUUCUGGAGGAAGGAGCAUAACAACAAUACCAAUCUAUUGCACAGGUUAUGCUAUGAAAUUAUACAUAAAAAUGAGGCUGUACAGCUAGCCAGCUAUAAUAAAAUCCUUCGAUGUUACUCCAUCUGUGACGACUCCCCGGGUGUCCCGGUUGCUGGCUUUAACAUUCGGGAAUGGGUGUUCCACGUAACGGAUAGGCAAGCGAUCUCCUAUUCUAAAUUCUCCCCACGGUUUAGAAUUUUCAGGAAGGGCCAUGUUAGAGCGCCCUGUUUGGUCAAUAUCCUUCCUCACCACCUCAGAACAACCUCUCUCUGUUCGCCUUAGCAGCCAAGAAAAUCCGGGCUAGAGUUGUGUCCAGAGACAGCAGUGGUUUUAUCUGACUGGUAUUUUCUGCCUAGAUCAUUUUAAUUUUUUAAUAUUUGUACAUAUGUUUACAUGCUA